AUUUUUUUUUUCCUUUAAAAAAUUUGCUUUGUUUUGCUGAAGAUACUCGUACGAAUCACAUUGGAGGAAGAUAUACAUGACAAAAGACCCGAAAUUGGAUUUAAUUCUAAGCAAAAGAAAAAAUUUAGCUGUAAAUAGUUAUUGCAACAACAAACCCCAUACGCAAAUUCCAAAGAGAAAUUCUUCCUUUUGCCUGUCUCUUCACCUUCAUCCUAAAAUUUCCCAUUUUUCUAUUUGGGUUUUGUUUUAAUUAUGUGUUAAUUAACCAAAAACAGGAAAUUUAUGCAACCCAUCUCACAUUGUCUUAUGCUUCAAUCUUCUUAACAAGAUGGGUUUCUCUUUUUGGGUCAAUAGAUGCCAAAACGUAGCAGUAGGAGGACAGAGUAGAGGAGAGAGACAGGGGUGGAUGAGAUAAGCAAUCGAAGAAUUUUUUCGCCAUGGAAGAAGAGUUGGGUACUGCUAUGCAUUCAGAGGAGAACAAAGAUUCUACCGAGAAGAACAAGAAACGAAAGCUCAAGACACCUUCUCAGUUGGUUGCUUUAGAGAAGUUCUAUAAUGAACACAAGUAUCCUACAGAGGAAAUGAAAUCACAGCUCUCAGAGGAGCUAGGUUUGACUGAAAAGCAAAUAUCUGGAUGGUUUUGCCACAGAAGAUUAAAAGACAAAAGAUUUUGUGAUACAUAUACUAGUGUACGACAGGAUCGUUCAAGUGGUGUCAUUCAAGAUCAUGGCAGUGGGCUUGCACAAGAUUCAUGUGGUAGCACGAAAAAUGGAGACUAUUGGCAUAUUGAUCCACGUGAAGUUGAAAGCCAAAAGCCCUAUGGUCAUGAACUAGCUACAGACAACGUCCUUGAGCGUAGGAGUCAAUAUACAGAAAAUGUUAGUAAUAUGGAAAAUACAUCUUCGGAAAGCAGUUCUUCUUUAAAAGAUAGGUUAUUAUCUCAAAGUGAGAAUCCAUACGAUACAGAAGUUUCUCGGUAUUUAACACACGAGGGUGCUAUUCCACCAUCAAAUCCAAAGGCUUUAAGCUCUCUGCGAUAUAAACCAUCUGGCUAUUUAAAAGUGAAGGGUGAAGUUGAAAAUGCUGCUAUUACUGCUGUUAAGAGACAGUUAGGUGUGCAAUAUCGGGAGGAUGGUCCACCUCUUGGUGUCGAAUUCCAGCCACUUCCUCCUGGUGCAUUUGAGUCCCCUGCUAAAGGUCCAAGCCAUGAUUCAUACUAUGUUGGAAAUCCGCUACUUCCUCGUUCUCCAGACAUAUUGACAUUGAAGAAACAAAGAGCUGUUGGCUCUAGGUAUGAAGUGCACAGUUCAAAUAUGAGUUCUCAGGACUCAUAUAGGGAGGAGGCUGCUCCCACCGGCACUACAUGUAGACCUGAGAGUCAGGAAAAGAAUUCUGUUUACCAGUUAAAGAAAGGUUCCAACUAUUACAACAAAACCGAUACUUUUCCCCGCCAGAACUCUCCCUUGAAUGUGUAUGAGGAAUCUGGUGGGUUGACAUUUUCAAGUAGUAGUAAAAGAGAUCACAAAAUGAACCCCAGCUAUAACUUUCCUAGAAGCAGAUCUGAUUCUGUUUCCAACAAUCAUGGCUCCUAUUCUUCAAAAAUUGUUAGUGAACCAACAGAGAUGCAGUUACAUAACCACGGUAGUGUAGCCUCAAGGAGUUUUUAUAGGAGUGGCUAUUUGGACUAUAAUCCUAAAAAGAUGCCAAAGGAAAUGUUCAGCGGAGAAGAAAAGGCUAUAAAUGAAAGUAGUGAUCCAGUUAGAGGGAAGAUCCCACCAACAAAUGAAUUGGCUGUUGUGAAUCGAUGUCAGCUGGAUUUUCCUCGGUCAGACUAUGCAGCAAAAGCGUCCUUUUCUGAAAAACCAGGGCGGAAAAAUCUUACUAGAAGGCCUAUAACGGAGAUGCCGUACAGCUUCACCGUUGACGAAGCUGAAGAUACCAGUUCGUCGUUGGAUUGAGCAAUGGUAGAAGUUCUGCGAUAUCUCGGAAAUAGAGUACAUAAAUUGGAAUUAUUGUAAAUUGGGUAGUAAUAUUAGUGAGUUGCAGCAAACUUUAGGCAGAUUCUGGCUGUCAGGUUCUCUCCCUCUCCCCCUCCUCUCUUGUGUAUACGUACAAAGCCUCCAUUUAUAACCGUCUUUCCAACUAAAAUUCUACAAGGUGAAGUCUAUCUUCUAUCUUCUCCUUUUUGUUUCUGUCUAUGGAUGAUGGAUUUCCUAUCGGAAUCCCGGUCAUGUCGAUUCGUACUUCUGUAAUUUUGUUUGAUUGACAAAGAAGCAUCGACAAUGUAUUAUAACUUCACCGUCCAUUUCCGAUUCUAUAUUUUCGUUUUAAGGAACUGUUUUGAA